GGCGAUCAAAUCAUGCCUGGUUUAGAAUUUUGUAUUUCCCAAGAAAAGCCGUGUUCAGUUGGAAUAUAUGUACAUACAUAAGAACUUGUGCGGUAAAAAUGAAUUCUAAUCGAGAUAGUUGCUUUACUUUUGGUGAAGGAAUUGAGUACGUUUUAAGCGCAUUAUCAUUUCCCGAUAAUACAAAAGCUACUUUCAACGCUGAUGCGCAAAUAAUAGAAAAUACCGUCGUGAACGCUAUGGCAAGUUACGAUCCACUGUUCCGAACUGCAUUUAAAGGUCUAAGCUUGGGCGGCAGUUACUUGGAUGGCAUUCGGAUUGGUUUACCGGAUGAGUUCGAUAUGCACGUUAAAACUGAAUUGAAUUGCAGUCUAACCCCAGUUUCUGCCCGUCCGGGAUUCAUCUUUCUACGUGCCGACGGUAAGGAUCAUCACUGUAUAAAGCACGUUGAUGGCGAGGGAUUCUUUGUUGAUCGUCUUGCGGUGCAGAGUUGGUUCCGCGACAACAUUACGGCCGUAAUGCCAAAAUUGCAGAAUAUACGCUGCAGUGAUGGACGAGCCUACAGCAUGGAAUAUACGGCUCAUGGCUAUGGAGUAGCCCACACAAUGUUGGCAACUGAGCAUCGUAAUCAUCGCCGCCAGAUCUCGUUUGAUUUUGUGCCUGUAUUUGUGUUCGAACCAAAUCAAUGGCCACGCGACCAACGAUGAUGGUCAAUUUGCUACAUGCCGUGAGACUUAAUAACUUGCCCUUCUACUUAGCGCCUGAUCACAACAAUCUCGACAAGCUGAGCAAGAAGCAGAGGCAAGAAUAUGUGCGAAUUCUGAGCAAAAUUUUGAACAAAUUGAUACGACGUCGAGAUGCUAAUUACUUAACUGGAGAAGAUCUCUAUCAGUUGUUUGGCGUCGAAGUGAAGUGACGAGGACUUGUAAUUGGAUUAUUUGUAUUAUGUAUAUUUUUAUUAUUUUCUGCUUUGCACGUGUUAUAAAGCAUUUAAAGUUAGAAUUUAGGCAAAAGUUCGCUAAUUAGCCAAAAAACCGUCUUUAUCUGUUUCUGAAAUAUGGCAGCAUUUCAAUACUCUUUUUGUAUUUCUGUAACUCUAUCGCGCUCUCUAUGAAUAAUUAAAAGAACAUACAAACUAGCAAGUAACUUGCAGCAGGUA